GAUUACUUUAACAUCUAUUGGUCAACAAUGCUCAAAUCCGAUUCACUUGGUUUUAAUUUUAGAGGCAGUUACUCCCAAAUGAGUACAAUCCUUUCUGAUCGUCAGAGGGACGAGUUACAUAAAGCCAUCUUAGAUUAUCUCAGCGCCAGUGGAUUCCAUGAUUCGUUCACAGCACUAAAAGCAGAGUCACUGAAUGACGAUUUUGUGCCUGAUCCCAAGCAAAAAUACGCCGGCCUAUUAGAAAAGAAAUGGACUUCAGUCAUUCGGUUGCAGAAAAAGAUUAUGGAACUUGAGAGCAAAACAUCUCAAAUGCAAGAAGAACUAAACAAUGCACCUGUACGUAAAGCCACAAGCUCGGUCGAUUGGAUACCCCGCCCGCCAGAAAGACAAACGCUCACCGGUCAUCGUAACCCUGUAACGCGAGUUGCAUUCCACCCUGUAUAUCAAAUUCUCGCAACAGCUUCAGAAGAUACCUCAAUCAAAAUAUGGGAUUAUGAGACGGGUGAAUUUGAGCGCACAUUGAAAGGUCAUACAAAGGCUGUCCAAGACUUGGCGUUCGAUGCAAAGGGCAACAUACUAGUUUCCUGUUCGGCUGAUCUGACAAUCAAGGUUUGGGACCUCAACAAUGAGUACAACUGCAUCAAGACCUUGUAUGGACAUGAUCAUAGUGUAUCAUCUGUCGCUUUCUUACCAUCAGGAGACAUUAUUGUGUCCGCUUCCAGAGACAAAACCAUUAAACUUUGGGAUGUUGCAUCUGGAUAUUGUGUCAAAACAUUUACCGGGCAUCUGGAGUGGGUUCGUUCUGUCCAGCCUAGCGAUGAUGGUCGAUUAUUAGUGACAUCGUCAAAUGAUCAGACGUCUCGUCUUUGGGAUGCAUCUACGGGAGAAACUAAAAUGGAAUUCCGAGGUCACGAUCAUGUUGUGGAAUGUGCAAUAUUUGUUCCUGUCAACGCCUAUCCAUAUGUUCGUGAGCUGAUCAAUGAUACAUCCAAGGCUGGAAAAGAACAGCCGAUGGCAGGUCAAUACGUCGUUACGGGUUCUCGAGACAAGACUAUCAAGCUUUGGGACGCUAGCGGCCAACUGUUACAUACCAUGAUAGGUCACGAUAAUUGGGUACGCGGACUUGUGGUGCAUCCCAGUGGCAAGUUCUUGUUGUCGGCAUCAGAUGACAAGACCAUAAAAAUCUGGGAUCUCAAAACUGGUCGCUGUAUGAAGACUAUAGAGGCACACUCACAUUUUGUGACAUGCAUAUCAUAUUGCCAUUCAAGUCCCGUUGUUGCCACAGGAAGCGUUGAUCAAACUGUCAAGAUAUGGCAGUGCCGAUGAAGAGCAAAACUUUUUUGCAGAGAAAAAACUAAACAGAAAACAAAACAAAUAAUAACAUACGAUACGCAAAGCCAACAAAACCAAACCACAGUGUAUGGCGAAAUGCUCAUGGGAUACUUGCUCUGGCAAAAUUGUGUCUGUG